AAACAAAGCUUCUCGAGUUCGCUUUCGUCGUCUGGCAAUAUUUCGCUGUGGUGGCUUGUUGGGUGCUCAUUCGCGUCGGCCUACGGACUGUUUUCACACAAUAAACUCUAUUCGACCGUUGGAACUAUUUACGGAACGUUUUUAUUAAUGAAAUCGAGUUCGACCAGUGGUGUCGGUUAAUAUAUUGUUAAGAUUAUUAAAUACAACGUCGAGCGUCGUUAUUUUUGUGCAUCGAUUCAUAACGUACGGACAUAUCGAGUGCUAUAUUUGAAUUUGUAAGAGUUAGUGGUGGACCGAUGAACGUUGGCCGCGGCUCGCGCGUGUCGGCGGAGCGGGGCUGCUAGGGCGAGGGCGCCAUGUCGGGGGCCGCGACGCCGACGGCGCCGGAGCCGCCGGCGCUGGACGAGCGCGACGUGGAGCCGCGCACGCCGAUGAAGCGCCUCGGCUCCACGAGGAAGCUGGCCGCCUUCAGCAACAUCCGCAUCCAGCUGACGGAGCAGACGCGCGUGCUGGAGCAGCGCGCCGAGGCGGCGGCCGGCGUGGCGGGCGAGCUGUCCGACUACUGCCGCCGGCGCGCCGACCUCGAGCACGAGUACGCGCGCGCGCUGGACAAACUCGCGCGCGCCGCGCACCAGCGCCACAAGGAGCAGAAACACAAACGCGAGCAAUGGGCGCUGACGGGCGCGUUCGCGUGCUGGCAGGCGGCGCUGGACAACACGCGCGCGCUGUCGCGCGACCACGCCGCGCUGGCCGAGCUGUACGCCGGGCCGCUGGCCGCCCGCCUGCAGCGCGCCGCCGACGACGCGCUGCGCCUGCACCGCAAGUGCCGCGACAUAGUGGCUGAGCGUCACGAGGAAGUGGGCGCAGCGCUGGCGGAAGCCGGCGCCGCCGGGAAGGCGCACGCCGCCGCCGCCGCCGACUGGCGCGCCGCCGCGCUCAAGCUGCGCCACGCCGCCGAGCAGCGCGCGCGCCUCGCCGCCGCCUCCCCGCCGCGACACAAGAAGCUCAAGGCUGUGGACAAGGAGCGAGACAAGAGGCGAGCCCGCUACAGCGAGGCGCGCGCCAAGGCCCUGCGCGCGCGCGCCGACUACGCGCUCAGCCUCGAGGCCGCCAACGCCACGCUGCAGCGCUACUACCUCGACGACAUCGCCGACAUCAUGCUGUGCACGGAGGUGGGGUUCGAGGCGGUGGUGGGUCGCGCGGUGCGCGCGGCGGCGGCGGGCGAGACGGCGCGCGCGGUGGCGGCGGCGGACGCGGCGCACGCGCUGCACGGCGCCGCCGACGCGCUCGACGCGCUCGCCGACCGCCAGCGCGUGCUCGACGCGCACGCGCAGGCCUUCGCGCUGCCGCGCCCGCUGCCCUACCAGGGCGCGCCGCCCGACAAGCAGGAUGCCGACAUGGGCGCGCUGGUGGAGGACGCCGCGCCCGAGGACGACGCCUGCGCCGCCGCCGCCGCCGAGCUGGCGCUGCGCCUGCAGCAGCUGGAGGCCGGCGCGCGCCAGCUGCGCGCCGAGUGCCGCGAGAGCGCCAAGACGCUCGACGCCGCCGAGGCCGAGCUCGUCAAACAGAUGGAGGGCGGCGACGCGCACUGGGACGUGAGCGGGCUGUUCGGCGCCGGCGCGGCCGCGGGCGCCGCGCUGCCGCCGCUGCCCGACGAGGCCGCCGCCCGCGACCAGGAGGACUACUACCUCGCGAAGUUCCGCGCGUACGUGUCGUGCGCGGGGCGGCUGGCGCGGCUGGAGAGCAAGGCGGCGGCGGCGCGGGCCCGGCUGGCGGGCCCGGUGGGGCCGGGCGCGGGCCCGCCGCCGUCGCCGCCGUCGCCGCCGCGCCGGGCCGCCGCGCGCCUGCGCCGGGGCCGCUUCGCCGCGCCGCUCGACCACCGCCUGCCGCUCGUGCUGACGUCCUGCGUGCGCGUCAUCGCCACCUACGGCCUCAACCACCAGGGCGUGUUCCGCGUGUCCGGCUCGCAGGUGGAGAUGCAAGCGCUGCGCGCCGCCUUCGAGCGCGGCGAGGAUCCCCUGGCUUCGGUGCGCGACGCGUCCGACAUCAACUCGGUGUGCGGGCUGCUGAAGAUGUACCUGCGCGAGCUGCGGCCGCCGCUGCUGCCGCCGCAGCUGCAGGAGGUGCUGCUGCGCGUGGCGGCGCUGCCGGACGACGCCGACUUCGUGCGCCGCCUGCGCGACGUGCUGGCCGCGCUGCCGGCGCCGGCCGUGCUCGUGCUGCGCUACCUGUUCGCCUUCCUGGCGCACCUGGCCGAGCACGCGGACCGCAACAUGAUGGACGCGUGGAACCUGGCCAUCUGCCUGGGGCCCACGCUGCUGGCCGCCUGGGGCGAGGGCGGCGCGCAGGUGGCGGCGCAGAACCUGCUGAACGAGCUCGUCAAGCGCACCAUCCAGCACCACGCCGCCGUGUUCCCGCAGCACCUGCACCCGCACGCGCUCUACGUGCGCGCGUCCAGCGUCGAGGAGCUGGAGCCGGCCGCGGACGAGCCGGACGCGCGUGACGACCUCUCGCUCUACGACGAAGACGACGAUGAACUGAGCGAAGACGGCGAGAGUGGGGAUUGGCAAGAUUCGAACUCAACGGGAAACUACCGGUCGGCCAGCGUGGAGCGGCGGCAGUCGGCGGCACAGGUAGUGAGCGCGCUCCUAGAGACCUCCGUCUGACACCGCACACCGUCACACACAUUAGCCUGUACACUGUACAACAGUGACCUUUAUUGCAUUUACCCGUCGCAUUCAUUACACACCCUAGGAUAUUGUUUACUGUCGGUGACGGGAAGAUGUGACGUAGACUGAUUUCAAUAAUUUUUUGACGUUUUUUUUUGUUGCUUUUCGUUUAAUAUUGCCGUUAAUUUGUUGUAUUUAGGCGCAUGAUCCUCCUGUGAAAGAUGUAAAAUUAUUCCGACUGAUAUUUUUAGGUCAGCUUAACUCAUAUCAAUAUAAGUCAGUGCCUGAGGCAUGGCAGCGGCACGGGAGGGAUGACAUCGACAUAAAAUAUUAUGACGUGACAGGGCAUACAAAUCCAAAGUUUGACUGUCACAAAAUCACCGCCUCAUGCCGUUCCCGUAUCUCAGGUACUGACUAUGAUAGGUGAAACGUGAUAUACUAUGUUAUUUACUUAAGGAAUAAGUAAACAUGUUUUGUUUGUUAUCGUUAUUAGAGUUAAUUCUAAUUAUCUACUAAUAAGUAGUGUAGAUAACAUCGAUUCAUCGCCGUUAUGUUUACAGCUUUAUCAUUUGCAUGAUAGUUCAUUGUAAAUUUGAUGUAUUUCGACAUUGACAGUACUGAUUAAUUUAAUACAAUCGAUUUAGCUUUAUUAUAAAAUAGUAUGUAUUUUAUAUUGUCACGUGAGCACAAUGCAUGGUUGUUCAAUGUAAUAUACGAAUAUAAACUCCAUUUAGUUAUACGUAGGUAGUUGAACACAUUAUAUUAAAUAUAUUUUGUGAUGUUUUGUCGCACAAACCCGUGAGCCCACUUGUGAGUUUGUAUUAUGCUAAAACUUCAUUUUGAUCACAUCGAGGAGCGCAGUGACAUAUCGCUUUGAUUAACAGCAGACUAGAUCGUUCCUGGAUUAUUAUUAUCAUUAUUAUUCCCGUCGCAUAAUACUUAAUAAUUAUAAUAUUCAGAAUGAUAUUCAUUUGUGUUUCGAAGUUCGGAGCCAUGUGAUCUGUUUUGUUUACGUGACUGUUAUUACGAGCCCCGGCAUUACGACCAAGGCACUUGUUUGUGAUCACUCACGCCAGGUGCGGCCUGCGGUGGUGAUGAAUUCAAAGUCCGCGUGUCCGCCACCGCAGCCCGUACGUUCCUCUAACGCAGGGGUUACCAACCAGUGGUUCGCCAAGGACGGAAAUGUGGUCCGCCAAGGAUUUUAAAUUUCGCGAGCGAUAGACAUUCGCGUGUCAUGAGAGGGUUUAAGUAAUAAGCUAUUACCGAACCUGUACAGAAGAAUGAGAGCUCAAAAAUUAAAAUUAAUACGAAGGUACUAGAAAAAUUUAGUAUCGUAUUUGAUUUUCUAAAUAAAAUUGUCUUCUUUUUAAAUAAUAAGUUUUUGGUUUCACUUUAUUUAAUGGAUUUUUUAAUGGUCUAGAAAAGGUUGGGAACCACUGCUCUAACGUGUUGGUCGCGCUACGGCGGUACUUCAAAUAGCGCUUGGAGUUUCGUUUUGCACUAACACGUAGUUUGCCACCGGCGCUCACGAGUAUUUGUGAGAGCUUGUUUCGAAUAUUAUGUGCUUGCUUUAAUACGUAUUCGAUGUGAAACAUUUCAUACGUGGCGAAGGCAGAUUAUGAGAUUAUUUUUAAGUAGCGCUUUGUCAACUGUGGAAUGCCAUUUUAAUGUAGUGUCACAGGAAAAUAACGUUAAUGAAACGUAAAUAGUUUUAAACAAACUUUGUAUACUAGUGUGAGGAUUGAUUUAAGUUUUGAACGUAUGGACGGACGGACUGUUCAUGUUUCAAAAAUGUCGGCCUUGUCGAUAUAACGAGUAUUAUUGAUUGACGGAUGUGAUGUGGUAUGUUUAGCGUUAAAUUCCUGUGGCUCAUUGCCUAUAAUAUGAAGACUGAGUUAUACUAACAUAAUUAAGGACUAGGACUGCCAGAGAGGUGGGAGGUGCUUGUUCGUUUGUGAUAAUGUCAAUAAACUAUUUCACUUGUG